UGUUGAAUCAAUUGAGCUGUCUUCUCUGGCUGACUUGGCUACAUUCAGUUACUAUUACCUUCCAGGAGCUACUCAAUAACCAGCUUGAAGGGCUACGUUGAACCAUCAAUCAGGCUCCAUGGCUAUCUCGCCACUGAAGCGCCAUAAAGGAACCUCUCCAAGCAGUGUGACGCCAUGCGGACACGGAGGCACCAAAUGUGCCUUAAAGAAAUGAUAUUAUAUCUAAGAGUCCAACGCCAAUCUGGUUCCACGUUUGAUGGUUAUUUUACACAGAAAAUGUGGCAGUGCGAGAGAGGCACAUCCCUCUCUCCCUCAUAUUUUACAAAACUACACAUGUGCUACAGCUUAUAUAAGCUUGUGUGCGACGCUGCCUGUUACCAUGAUAAGUGUAUGUUCCUGUCGAAGAGAAUGCCCCGUUUGGCGUCGCACUCUGUCUAUUGAGUUUUGUGAAAACUCGUACACUUGGAGACAAGUAAAUUUGGAGCAUAGUACGUACGGCAAGCAGUGCACUAAACACGCAUGGUUAUAGAGAUGGUUUCUCAGCCUCUUUGAGAUCUGCAACGCAAUGAUAGUUUUUUUUACGCUCGUUGGCGACGUGAGAGUCUUCCACGAACAAGACCACUAAGUCUUGAAUAAUUCCUUUGUCCUUCGUCGUUACGGCCGAUGCGUUUGCGGUCCUCUCUGUUUGUAGCUCGCAUCGGCUAUUUCUCGUUAUAUACAAUUGUUUGUUCGUUUGAAUUUAUAGCUGUAGUUUCGUUUUUCAGCUCACGUUUUUCUUCACAACAGGCCUCGCCGUCAACCAGUCGUACAGUGUCUCAACUGAAACUACCUCGCAAACCCACGCGUCUCACGAAAUUCGCAAUCAACGCCCUGUACGUGCUGACACCACCUGCAUCGUCAAGCUCCGAACGCUCCCCGGCACAGAAGUUCAAACUCAUAAUGAUCUUUUUCAUCCCGGUACUUCUGUUGCUGGGUGUUGUAACCUAUUUUGUCAUCAAGCACUUCAGCGGCCGGAAACAUUACCUGCUCUGCGAUUCGCAAGCUUGUAGUGCGUUCGAAGUAAUGCUCAGUAGGACCAUCAACCACCAUCUCGACCCGUGCGACAACUUCUACGUCUUCGUGUGUGAUGGCUGGAACAGGGCUCAGUUGAAGUCUGUCUACCGUAGCCACCUGAACCACUUUCUUGCGCUGCUGAACGAAAAUCUCCAGGGAAAUGUUCCUCGAUAUGGGCAGAAUUCACAUGAAAAGGCGGCAGCAUUCUUUCAAGCGUGCAGAAUGGCUGCACAGAAGAAUCGUGGAGAUACCCACGGCUUCAGAAAUAUUCUCUCUGAAAGCAACGUAGACUGGCCCAGCAUCUCUGAGAAGGCGGACGUGCUCUUGUCAUUGGCCAGGUUUUUCAGGAUCCUUAGGAUAACGAACCUUUUGAAUAUUGAAAACAGUGGAAAUGCAUUGGUCAUUCAUGGCGGUGCAGCAGAAGCUUCCAACUACAAGAAGAGGGCCGCCGUAAUUCAAAACUCGGGAAGGUACCAAUGGUACUACGAGACGUUUCAAAAUGCGACAAAAGGUGCACGUACGAGGGCAGAAUUCAUGCUUCCAUACUCCGAAUUUUUCCAAGUCGAAGUUGCAAUACUCGACAAUCUCACAAACUACACGAAGAACACUAGCACGAACCCACCGAAGAACUUACAUGAGCUGGCGAACCUGACGAAUGAAAUUUCUUACGAGCGUUGGCUAAGAAUCGUGACAGAGGAGCUUGUCCUCCCUGCAGAUGCCCCAGUAUUUAUCAGCGAGGAUGACUCUGAUUACCUACGAGCGUUUAGCGGACUUUUGAACAAAAUGGAAGAGAAGUAUAUUCACUACGAAGUAGGCUGGAUUAUGGUUCAACAGUGUGCUCCUUUCAUCAAUAGCAAAGUUCUGGGCGCCUAUGUGGGCGACUUUGACCCAUCCGACAUAGGGAAACGUGCAGAUCUACAAAACCUUAACCUCUGUCUUCAACUCACAGAAACCUACAUGGGGUGGUCGAUCUACGCGAAGUUUUCUGAGAUAUACGCUCCAAGCGCCUCCAUAAAAGAAGUACGUGAGAUAAUCGAUGACAUUGGCAAAGUCGCUUUUAUUAGGACCAGGGCUGCAGAAGACAGGAUGGGUACACGUUAUGUCAACUCUUCAUUGCGACAACAGCUACACUUAAUGACCAAAUACCAAGACCGCUUUGAGGAUUCCGAUUUUCUGAACGCCAUAUUCUUCAACAUCAGUGACAUGGGUCCUUUCAUCUUCCAGAACUGGCGCAGAGUCAUUCACGAUUUCCUCACGCGCGGAAACCUGACCCUUUGGAGGUUGGUCAGCACACGUUUCAUAUUUGGAUUACUCGCCACGAGUGAGGCCUACAGUCUUUACAAUGAAGCUGAACACACGUACUUGUUACCGCCCUACGCGAUGAUGCUUCCACUGUACGACAUUAACGUCAUGAGUGCAGUCAAGUACGCUGCCUUAGGAUCAGUCAUCGCCUCGGCGGCAAUCGCUAUGACCGGGUCUUCCAACAGGAGCAGAGGCUCAGUCAGAAAUCAAUCUCUUGACGAGCACACGAACAAACAAGUGCGUGAUGCGGCAGCUGCGCUAGAGAUAGCGGGGGGGCAUAUAGGAAGGCAACGGAAUAUGCUGAGGAUGUUCGAUUUCGUCAUCUGCCACACUUGUCGUCCGACGCAAUGUUUUUUGUCGCUACGUGUUAUAUUCUAUGUGGCCAGCCUUCUGACACUUACCCAGCAUUGCGAUGCAACGAGCCCUUGAAACAUCGACCUCAGUUCACUCGAACUUUUUCUUGUAAUGAUGUCCAGAACAUGUGACCGCUACCGGUGACCAUAGCUAGUUUAUAUCACAUCCCAGGAAAUAAUACUCCCAAAUUAAAUAUAUGCCCGAUGA